GUUUGUCGCAAAUAAAUGACGUAGGCAGGAUUGCUGAGUAGGUGAAGCUAAUCUCACAAAUUGGUUUUGGAGGAUUUUAGUUAAGAAUGACUGAAAACGACGUGGAGAACGAGCUGUUAGACUAUGAGGAGGAUGACGUGGAUGCAGCAGGUGGUGUUGGGGAUGGAGGGCUCGCUGGGGACACCAGUGCUAUGGCCAUGCGGAAGGAGGGGGUCAAGGGCUCCUAUGUGUCCAUCCACUCCUCCGGGUUCAGGGACUUCCUUUUGAAGCCUGAGCUCCUGAGGGCCAUUGUGGAUUGUGGCUUUGAACAUCCAUCAGAGGUUCAACAUGAGUGCAUUCCUCAGGCCAUCUUGAGCAUGGAUGUUUUAUGUCAGGCCAAAUCUGGUAUGGGGAAGACAGCUGUCUUUGUGUUAGCUACACUACAGCAACUGGAGCCAGUGACUGGACAGGUAUCAGUGCUGGUAAUGUGUCAUACUCGUGAGUUAGCGUUCCAGAUCAGCAAGGAAUAUGAGCGCUUCUCCAAGUACAUGCCUACUGUCAAGGUGGCAGUGUUCUUUGGUGGUUUGUCCAUAAAGAAGGACGAGGAGGUGUUGAAGAGAGAGAGCCCUCAUGUUGUGGUGGGAACCCCGGGUCGGAUCCUGGCACUGUCCCGUAACAAAAGCCUUAACCUACGUCACAUCAAGCACUUCAUCCUGGAUGAGUGUGACAAGAUGCUUGAACAACUGGACAUGCGCCGUGACGUCCAGGAGAUUUUUCGCAUGACCCCCCAUGAGAAGCAGGUCAUGAUGUUCAGUGCCACCCUGAGCAAAGAAAUUCGCCCUGUCUGCCGAAAGUUCAUGCAAGAUCCUAUGGAAAUUUUUGUGGAUGAUGAGACCAAGCUCACACUCCAUGGCCUACAGCAGUACUAUGUCAAGUUGAAGGACAACGAGAAGAACAGGAAGCUCUUUGAUUUGCUGGAUGUGCUGGAGUUCAACCAGGUGGUGAUCUUCGUAAAGUCGGUGCAGCGGUGCAUUGCUCUGGCUCAGCUGCUUGUGGAGCAGAAUUUCCCUGCCAUCGCCAUCCACAGAGCCAUGCCCCAGGAGGAGAGGCUAGCUCGCUAUCAGCAGUUUAAAGAUUUCCAAAGACGGAUCCUCGUGGCCACUAACCUGUUUGGCAGAGGGAUGGACAUUGAGAGGGUCAACAUCGCCUUCAACUAUGAUAUGCCGGAGGAUUCUGACACAUAUCUUCACAGGGUGGCAAGAGCAGGCAGAUUUGGGACAAAAGGUUUGGCCAUCACGUUUGUUUCCGAUGAAAGCGACGCCCGUACCCUGAAUGAUGUUCAGGACAGGUUUGAGGUGAACAUCAGUGAGCUUCCAGAGGAAAUCGACAUCUCCUCCUACAUUGAACAAACACGGUAAAGAAGACGUGUGUGUGCAGAGAAUGCAUGGGAGAGUAGCAUUUAGUAGCUUGCAAUUCAGCAUCGACUGUUAUAGUGAAGUUUAGUGAGAAUGUUUAAGAAAAAAAUAAGCUGUAUACAUAUUUAAUUACAGGGAUCCUUAAAUUCUUCAGAAGUUUCUGAUGCUAUAUUGUUUCCAUUGUAAAACAGAUUUUGUUUGUCACAAUUUAGAAAGGAUAUGUUAUACCUAAUAAUAGUGUUUGUAAAAGACUUUGAUUACAUUUUAAAUUGUGAACUUUUUCCUCAUUUAUUUUAGCUGUUACUGACUGCAGUGUUGGAGUAAGGUACUUUAUUUAGAUUGCAAAUGAAGUGGAUAGAUGUAAAAUAGUUAAAUAUGGAAAGCAUAGUAUUGCUUUUCAGAAAGGCAUGUCCAAGGAUGUUAUGAAAUACUAUAAAGUGAAAUAGGGAUUCACCAUACAGUAAUCUUUGUUCCAUGUUCCUUGCUGAAAAACAAAUACACUAAAUUUGUUUAACUGUUAUGCUGUAUUUAUUUAACAUUAGUACUGUACACUAAAGGUGCAUGAUGUAGAAUCCCUUUUUUAAUUUAAUUUUUUUAGAAAUAGUUUGCAGUUGCAAUCAUGGUCACUCACCACAGCUUUUGUUUUUGUUUUGAAAAUGACUUUUUUAAUGUGCUGAACCUGGCACCAAAUUCCUCCAAAGACUUUUUGUAUUUGAGAAAACAUAGCUAGCUUUUACAGCUAAAACUCUAAUGUAAGAAUUUUAGCUUGUAAUUUACAAGUCGCAGACACCAAUGAAAAAGCCCAACCUGUCAUGCAAAGUAGAAAGUCCUGCCAUUCCUACAUAAUGCACCUUUAGUAUUUUUUCGUACUUGUACUUGUCAAGGUGUUUUUCAGUAUUUCAAAUCUCGGUGCAUAAGCAUUUGCUGAAUUUCAUAAAUAAACACAAAACGGAAAUUGUAGUUGUA